UCAAGUAAGGACAGCGCUCCUCGGAGGAAAGCUCCAGGCGUCCCCCUGAAUAAGGACCAACCAGUCAGGAAGUUUGCCCCAGUUGUGACGAAUCCCCUGCCCCCUGCUGGAGAGGUGGUGAAGUCUUCAGCUGGGACCAAAGAUCACGUCGUCCCCAGCCAAGACAUCCAAGAUAUCAUCAAGAGAUACAACUCACCACCUCCACCGCCAGAACAGCUGCCUCCAGGCAAGAGGAGACCAGAGGGGAAGUUUAAGAAGAAGCAGACCGCCCGUGAUGAAGCUUUGCAGAUCCUAAAACCCCAGAUGGACAACCCUCCUGCUCCACUGCCCAAACGUCCAGCUGCCCCCUCACCCUCUACACCUGCAGUCAAGGAGGUGGGAUUAAAACCCAGCAAGAGUAUGAAGACCAGAGCACCUGAUCGUCCUCUCCCCAAACCUCCACCAGUUUCUCGAGAGCUCCCGAUAGAGACAGAAAGCAUCCAGACGCAACUUCAUCAGAGCACCAACGAAGAGCACUACACGUACACCAACGUUCCCUGGAGACUGUACCUCAGGAAGGAGGUUUUCUAUCCCAAAGACAGCUUCAACAAUCCAGUGGUGCUCGAUCUGAUUUUCAAACAGGUAACUUCGGAGGUGGUUGAAUUAAAGCCGGAUUGGAUCUGA